AGUGAGUGCACGCGAGUGUGGGACAGACUCUACCCUCCCACGGCCGCUCUGCGCCAACAAGAAGGAGUUUAUUCAUCCCGUUGCUGAUUUCUGUUUGUUUGUCACUAACCGCGUAUCUACUCAGUCUUAGGAAUGCCAUGGCUACUCAGAACAACCAGGAUUACUUCAGGUCGGUCAGCAGCGAGUCCAGCGCAUACAUGAUGGUUCCGGCGAACAGCCGUGGUCGAGACUCGCCGUCAAAGUUAUGGAUCGCGAUGGUGGUGAUCGUGGUGGUCGUGCUGCAGAUCGCUUCGACCACCGGACUCUUUGUCUACUUAAACAUGUCUUUAUCGCAGGUUAAAAAUCAGGGGGUUACAGAAGAGCUGCGGUGCUUGGGCUUGCUCAACGCCCUGGAUAAAGACCGGGACAUUCCCGAAGACCUGGCCCAAUUGUUUGGAGAACCUUGCAUCAAGCUAGCUGAGGGUAUCAAAGCCUAUAUUUCCAAGGUUACAGACAGUAUCAUCUCCAAACAGGCUUUCCACGAAGCAAGAGCCAUGCCUCAUUCAUAUAAUACAUCAGGGUCGAAGUUCAUGACCACAGUGACGCAGCGACCAUCAGCCCACCUGACUCUUAGCAGCCUACCAGUUGGUGCUCAAUACUUCACCCCUCAACCAGACCUGCACCAGUCCUGCCGCCACCCUGUACGUUCCUGGGCCAACCAGAGCUUUGGUGCCCAUCUGCACAACAUGACACUGGCUAAUGGACGCCUUCGCGUACCCCAGGGUGGUCGCUACUACCUGUACUCCCAGGUGUACUUCCGCUACCCCUCUCCUAGCGAGGGCGAUCAAAACGGCGUAAGCCACCAGCUGGUUCAGUGCAUCUAUAAGAAAACCUCCUACUUGAGGCCGAUUCAGCUGCUGAAGGGAGUGGGGACCAAAUGUUGGGCUCCGGACGCAGAAUACGCCCUUCACUCAGUGUACCAGGGCGGCCUGUUUGAGCUGCAAGCAGGCGACGAGGUCUUCGUGUCCGUCUCAUCUCCCACAAUGGUGUACGGCGAGGACUCUUCUAGCUACUUCGGAGCGUUUCGUCUGGACCUGUAAGAACAUAUCAGAAGAGCUAAACCCAGGACCUUACUAUUGGGUGGAUCGUUUUGGGGCUGCGACCCAAAGAGAAAAGACUUCAUCGUUCAACUUUCCUUUCCUUAAGACUUUCGAAUAUGUGAAGGAUGUGUGAAUGAGAGACAUUUCAGACAAGGUUAUUUCUUUUAAAGACAGAGGAAUGUAUGUAUAUUUCUACAGAUCACAUCAAAGAUGUGGAUCUUUGAAACGGUAGCAAAAAACGAAGAGGAGAGACAAAAACUCACACAAAGUGAAUCUGUGCCAAUGGUGUAUAGGGUUUAACGUGUGAACUCGCUCUUGUCCGCUGGAGGGGAAUAUUUUGUGAACAGCGGAUCUAAAACAGUUUUAAAAACAGAGAUAUGAGAAGAGAAUGAUGACAGCGGCAAUGUAGAGGAAAGAAAGAUGAGAAGUAUGCAGCUCUACCAGCCUCAAAGAAGCAUCCUGGCAGUUUGCAAGACUGUGGAAUUCUCCCCGUCCUGUCGGACCAGCGGAGCAACAUGCCCGGACAAGAAAAGGACCUAAAAGAGUUCACAUGCACACAUAAACACAGAGGAAUUCAGCUUGUUGCAUUUAAGAGCACUCAUUCUCUUGAGUAUUUAUGGCUUCCACGCUUACAAAACACAGCGAUAAGAUACAACACACAUAUACAUUUUGUCUCAGAUACAAAUCAUCUUUACAAGUCUCCCUCUGCUGUCUAGUCCGGGGUGCAGGAGGAAGUACUGUCAGGGAGGGACACACAGACACACGUGCUUCCCAGCUCACGUGGUGCCAGCCAUAUGAAAGGUUAAAUAAACACUACGCUACAUGGUUUGUUGAAAUGUCGCGGCCAUAUAAUGCUUCGUUUCUGCACACACAUACAAACACUCUCCAAGUGCCUCUUCUUAGUUGUACAUCCAUCUCUUCUGUCCUCUGUACAUCUGUGUGGUUGGUUGGUUCAACCUGUGUAUAUAAAAUUGUAUUUAAUUCAGAAUCAUGAGGUUUGGAAAUGAAUGUACAAGCGUUGCAAUGUUCUCCCAUGAAAAUGCCACAAAAUGAGUCUCACGC